UUAAAAGUUGCCAUGGUUGGACACCCCCGGGCUAAGGAAAGGCCAAGAAGGGAGAGGAGUUGGGAAGCAUGGUCUCUCUUCGGUACUUAUGCACGAUCGGGGCUUGGGCAGAGCAGCGACGUCAGGCGCCGCGGUGGUUGGCACGGACUGGGCAUCGAUCAAAAUGGGAUUCAUCUUUUCAAAGUCUGUCAAUGAAAGCCUGCAGAAUCAGAAGGAAUUCAUGCUUAUGAAUUCUCGACUUCAGCUAGAAAGGCAACUUCUGAUACAAAAUCAAAUGCGUGAGAGACAGAUGGCCAUGCAGAUUGCGGGCACAAGGGAGUUUCUCAAGUAUUUUGGAUCAUUUUAUGGCCUUACAACUGUGGGUCUAACAAUUGGAGCAAUAAAAAAUAAGAGACCUCAACUCUUUAUUCCAGUUAUACCUCUGAGCUUUAUACUUGCCUAUCAGUACGAUAAGGGAUAUGGAACUUUACUACAAAGAAUGAAAUGUGAAGCCGAGAACAUAAUUGACACAGACUAUGCUGUGUUAGAAAUGCCAAAAGGACCUAUCACUUUUGAUGAUCUUGAAAAAGCCAGAAGAGCACAAAGCAAACUUUUUAUUGAGAAAUAAAAUAGGUAUGUUUAUAAUCACAUUGCUGACUUAAACUCUGACACAAGCAUUGUAUGUGGGGCCUUUUCUGAAACUUGAAAAGUUCAUCAUCUGGUCCAUCAGAAAAGGAAUAUAAGGGUGCUAAAACUAGAUCUUCGUUCUCCGUCCCAAACAAAGAGAGACAUAUUUUUAACUAUUUUAAUUAGGAGCAGGAACAGACAGUUUCUAUUGAUGAUCACUGACUCAAAUUGUAUAAGUUGACCAAAUAAAGUGAAACUUUUUUAAAAGAAGUAUUGCCUGUAUAUCAUCUGCUUUAUUAAAUAAAACCAUGUAAUUCAAUAUGAA